CUUUACUACCUGCCAAAAGUGAGGUUAUGAUCACACGCCAAUGGAAUUGUCCGGAGAAAUAUUCUCGAGGAUUUUCUCAUUAGGGAAAAAUUAUUUAAUAGCUUCUUCCCUGGUUCGAACCUCAGGAACUAAAGAAUUCCUUGGAGAUGGAUUCACAAGACCCAUCAGAACAAUCUGAAGGAGUAGAAGGAACAGAAAGCCCGGAAGAAGUUGAAGAUGAAUUAAUCCUUAAGUUGCUGAAUGAUGACUGUCUCUUCCACAUCAUGUCCUACCUAAAUCUCCAUGAAUUGAUUGUUGCAGAGAGAGUCUGUGAGCGAUUUGCUGCAGUUGUCAAGCGGGUGUACAAAUCCUACCGGGUGCUGGAUUUUCAGCUUUUCUACGGCUUCUGGAAUCGUCAUUUAUCCAAUCCGGAGACAAAGGAAAUCGCUUUGCGCGUGGGAAAGCACGUUCAUACCCUUAGAGCAGCAUCAUAUGCCUUUGGGAUAGGUCCUCGAGAGAUUCCUUCCUUUGUCAGUACCCACCUGAAGGGAUUGAAGAAUAUUCAGUUGGAGAGAUUUCAAAUUGCCAAUGAGGGGGCAGUAAGACAGCUCGCAGAUGUCUUCAAGGGGGUGACGGUUGCAAAGCUUGAUAGUUGCGAUGCAAUUGAUGAGAUUGUCAUGCAAUUGCUGAAACUUGAGCAAUUGGAAGUUCUGGAAUUGCCAAAUAAUCGAAAUUUAUAUGGAAGAUUCCUCCAGAGGCUCACUAAUAUCAAGGAGUUGAGCCUUGAAGCCUGCAGUGGAAUUUCUCGUCAAAACUUUAGGGAAUUCUGUGAGCAACAUCCCAACCUGAGAAGCCUCAAUAUCAUCUCAUGCUACUGGAUUGAUCGCUUAGGCCUGCAGAGUAUUUGUGCAAAUUUGAAGAAUUUGGAAAAGAUCAGCAUUUCCGUGGAUUACGUCGAUGUGGAAGCUGAGGAUUACCUUGUCUUGGGGAAUUUACCAAAACUCAAACAUUUGGAAAUAAGUAGCUUCAGCGAUAAUCUCAUCGGCGUUAGAAAUAUGAAUGUUCUUCUCAUGAAACUCUCCACCUACAACAGAUUGGAAUAUUUAGAUCUCACAGAGAAGAAUUUAACUGUAGACACGGAGAAAGCUCUGAGGAACUUUACAAAACUCAAAGAGCUCAAUCUCAGCUUAAUUUUUAACUGCAAAGACUCCACAUUGGAUAGUUUAUCGUGCGACAAGACGCUUCAGUACCUCCAGAUUCCCUAUUCAGAUAUAACGCAGCAGGGACUUGAGAAACUCAUUGCUAGAUGCUCAGCUCUGAGAUUCAUAGGCCUGUAUGGAUGCGAUAACAUCGAUGAUGCCUUUAUUGAGAGUAUUCUGGAGCAUCUGAAGGGAAGAUCUCACAUGCUGGAACUCGGAGUGGACAGAUAUAAGUUUCACAGAGAGGAAUACGGGAAUUUCCUCGGAGUAAAUCCCUCAAAGUUAAAGUUGACAUUCAAAUGAAUUAUUUAUUAUUUAAAAUUAAUUUUUCUUUCAGUGAUAUAUACUUAAAAAUAUAUAUUGUAAAUUAGAA